AUGCGGUUAGCUCUUCUAGCGUUUCUUGCCCUGGCUGUGGCCGCCAAUGACGAACACCUCCAUCCCCACACUGAUAUGGCUCCUACGCCGCUAGAAUCCACGCCUUCCUUGGUGCCUACGCCACAUGUGGCGCACCAUCAUCACGGCAUGCCCAUCCUCGAUACGGAUCUCAAGCCGGAGGAGCGCUUGUUCUGGGAGAACUACUCCACAGAAACAUACUUCAACACGCCUUCUUCCCACAGAGGCGCCCUCUACACGCAUAUCGCCUUGUGGACCCUGUCAUACAUGCUCUUGUACCCAUUGGUGCUAGUGUUCUGGAACACGGGCUCGCGGCUCUACUUCCCGGCCUUGACGCUCCAUGCGGCUGCUAUCGUGAUCUCUGUGAUCAACUACUGGGUCUUUGCGGGCUCCAUCAAGGACCUCUACCCGGGAAACGCGUUCCACCCGAUGUGUGCCAUUCUCUUUGUGGGCACCAUUGUCCAUUGGGCCGUGGCGCUCAUUUCCAAGGCUUACUCCUCUUUAGACAUCGAAACUCACGCGUACGAGGCCGUGGAUGACGACGACGAUACCGCGUCUCUCGACUCGCCAGCUCUGACCUUGAGAGACUCUCAUCUGGACUCCUUUGAGCUCGAUGACUUGACUCCAGGCCUCGCCAACGGCCACUUGACCUCCAAUGGCUCCAUGAUCAACAAGCCAGGUUUCGUGACUUCGUUUGUGGUCCGCUUCCCGCUCUUCCAGCGUGUGGUGACGGCCUUUGGCAGAACGGCCACCGUCUUGACCGCCGUGCUCAAUUGGAUGCUGUUUUUCUACUUCCUCGUGUACGCGGGAGUCGCCGUGGCCACCUACGCUGUCUACGGUACUGACAGAGCUGUAUUCAACUUGUUGGCUCAUUUCAUCAAGGGCGGUGUGUUCUUCAGCUUGGGCAUGCUCUCCUUGUCCCGCUACUGCGGUGCUUUCCGUGAGAAGGGCUGGGCCUGGAACCACACGUUUGUUUCCGCCAAGAAGGCUUACCAAGGCUGGUUCAAAUGGCAGCCCAUUGGCCUCUGGUCGAUGGAGUUUGUCGAGUCCUCCUUGAUUCUCUUCUACGGCUCCACCAACAUCUUCUUGGAGCACUUGGCCAAUCCAGGCGGCGAGUGGUCUGCUAAGGAUUUGCAGCACGCCUCCAUCGCGUUCAUUUUCAUCGGAUGCGGUCUUUGUGGUGUUUUGGUGGAGAAGAAGCUCAGCAGCUACAGGUUUCAGAAAGCAACCGAGCACAUGGCGCUCGUUGCUGACUCAAAAGAUGUUGCUCGCGUCGCCAAGGCGAUGCCAGGCUUCUCUCCAAACCCAUUCCCCAUCUUGACCAUCUACUGGACUGGUGUGCUCAUGUCCAAGCACGAACAGGCCCUGGAGUUGUCUACUGCAAUUCACACCCAGUGGGGCAACUUGUUCGUUGUUGGCUGUGCCUUCAGACUCCUCACCUACGUUCUUCAGAUGGUGACUCCCGUGAACAGCAAGUCGUUGACUCGUCCACUGAGCCCCAUGACGGAGUUGGUGGUGAGUUUCGCCUUGAUGUGCGGCGGCACUAUUUUCAUGGAGUCGUGUGAUCCAGUGGUUCACACGUUCGAGUACUACGGAUACACGCCAAUGUUCACGUUGAACGUGACGCUCGGAGUUGUCACCCUUCUCAUGGCCUGGAUCAUGUCGGUCUUUGCAUUCAAGGACUGGCUCCAGAGCAAAAAGGUCUCACUUACUACUUCUUCCCUUGCAUAA